UGUAAUACAAUUCAUAUGUGUAGUUGUGUUGUAAUUUUGUGAUAGUGCGACUUUUGAUUAGGGUAAAACAAAGGCGAAUAUCACCUUUAAAAAGCAUCAAAACGGAAUAAAUGCAGCUGCAAAAGCAACAUUUGAAAUAUGAGUCGAAAGGGAGCAACAGAACCAAAUGAUAUAUCGUUAAUCAUUGGAACUUUACCGAAACGGCUGCAGAACAAAUUCGCUGCCAGCUGUAGUCAACACAGCCACGCAGCAGAGGACGCUGAAAAUGCGGAACCAGCAACAGCGCCAGCGCCAGCGACGACAAGGCCAGUCACAAUUUUGAGCAAGCCAAAGUGCAAUAAUGCUGGAAGUACGCUUGCGCCCGUUUUGGAUACCAGCGGGUGCAGCGGCAGUGGCAACGGCAGUUUGGAGCGUACACCAGGCAUAUUGCGUGUCUCAGUGGCAGCAAGUGCAGCAACAGCUAGCAAAGCCACUCGUAGACGUGAGCGCGAUCGCAAUCACUCGACGCGUCUACAGCAGCAAAUGCCAUUGUCUCCGCUGUCACGUGUGCGUUUGACUACUGAGCAUCCAGUGUGGUUUGAGCAUCUAUUGACGAUGCCCAAUGCCAGGAUCAUAGUGCAGUUAUACGAUCAGCUAAUGGUGCUGCAACAACGCAAUUUAAUUGUUACUAACUGGAAGAGCUUUUGCUCUUUGCAUAAGCAACUGCAGGAGGCAUUUUCUUGCUUAGUGCUGGAGCAGUUAAAGUUUGUGAGCGAGCACAAGGUGGAUGCAUUCUUUUGGAAAUUACUUUUUUACAAUACUCGUGAGCAUUUGAAGCGCCAGCGUGCGGAGCUGGCCAACAAUCAUCUGCUGCCGCUCAUUGAGAACUCGCUUAAGUUUUAUCGCACGCUUUAUGAUAAGCUUAUAACCAAGUAUAUGUCGCGUUGUGAGGGCGCCUUGAAAAUUGUAGCUCAACGCUUGCUUAUUUGCUUGGGCGACUUGUCGCGCUACCGAGCCAACCAGCUGCAAGUCACAGACUUUGCCGAGGCGUGCAAGUAUUAUCAGCGCGCUCAGGAGCUGCUGCCUAACAAUGGUGCGCCCUACAAUCAGCUGGCUAUUGUAGCCAUUUACAACCACAAGCGCUUCGAUGCUGUUUAUUAUUAUAUGCGCAGUCUGCUGACUUCCAAUGCCAUACAAUCGGCCAAGGAGUGUCUGCUGGAUUUGUUUGAUGAAAUACGCCGCAAGUAUGAGGAAACUGAAAUGAAACAAUCUCCAUUGCAUUGUGCUGCUGGCAAAUCUAACAAAUCCAAGCAAAUGCGCAGAGAAGUUUGGAUAUAUCCCGAUGGCAUAAGACGUUUGCAUCGCACAGAUGUCAAGGGCAACAAGCUAAAGUCCAAAACUGUUACUGCUGAAGUAAAUCGCUAUGACCAAAUGCCGGCUGAGGAGCUGAUGCCGCGCAUAAUGUCCUUGUAUUUGUACUUAGUGGGCAAACUCUUCACGGGCACAGACAUGGAAUGCAUGUAUCAGCUGCUGGGAAAAUUGCAAAUUCAACUUGGUGCUGCCUUGAAACAUGAAAACCUUUGGACAAGAAACAAAAUUUUAAAAAUUGUAGCGCUGAAUAUAUUUGUUUUGGAGCAUAACAAGGCAAAAGAUAAUCGUCGUGAAACGCGUUAUCAUAGCUUCAACUUUGCCAACACUUUGUUUGGUCUUAUGCUAAGCAAAGCUAAUGAAUUGCUUGCUUAUUAUGCUGAUAACUCAAUCGAGCUGCUUAGAGAUUCAAACUGUACACGCAUUAACACUUACCUACAGUUUGUUAAGAUUUACAUACAAUGGCUGACAAAAAAUGUAGAUCUAUGGGAGCCUGUGCGCACAGAAGAACACACCAUCAUUGACUGCUGGGCCGAGCUACUAACAUUAUUCGAAUAUGCUGAACGCAUUACGGAAACAUUUGCUGCACAAAUCGAACAACCAGCAAAGAUUAUUUUGGACGAGGAUAUUGUCUUGAGCGGCUUUGAACCUUUAGGCCGCCAAUCCAUUGGUAGACGUCCCAGUCAUCAGUACAGUGAAUGCGAGCAAUUUAUUGAACGCAUGCGCAAAAUCUCGCAGUUUCAGGAGUUUUAUUUAAACAAUGAGGACUCCCUGCAGCUGCCACUGGAUUCAAGCUUCUCAGUUGAGGACAUAAAUGCUGCUAUGCAAGUGGCCUUAAAUGUAUUUGAAUCCGAAAACUGUGCCGCACCAGUGCAAAGCAAUGCAGUGACGUCUAAAGUGGAGCACGAUUUUGAUAAUGUAGAUGCUGAUGUUACAGAGCUCUGCAGAUUGAAGAAAGAGCUGGAGGCCAAGGCAAAAGCACAACAAAUGUGCAACAGUAAACUGGAAGAAAUCUUAAAGUUGGUGGAUACCAAAUUGUAUAUAGAGGUGCGUCCACGUUAUUUGCUGCCCGACACCAACUGCUUUAUUGAUUGCCUGGAGGAUAUUGAAAAGUUAUCUAUGGAAUUUACACGCUUUACGCUUAUUAUACCACUGACAGUGGUAAAAGAGCUAGAUGGUUUAUCCAAAGGCGUCAAACUGGACUCGUAUCGCAGCUCAAAGCAAACACAACGCAUACAUCACUUUGAUGAGGUGUCAAGUCGUGCGAAAAAGUCGCUUGAGUUUAUCAAAACGGCUAAAGCGAAUGUUAGAUGUGCCACAACCAAAGGCUCGUUUAUCAAUGCUUCGUUGUUUUCGUUGGUUGAGGAGGAAUAUGCAUCCAAUGAUGACAAGAUUUUGGCUACAGCAGUUGCUGUCUCCAAAACUGUUAGCUCUGAGCAGUGCAGAGAUGGCAAAUGCUUCAUACGCACUGAGCUGGUGCUGAUAACAACCGAUCGUAACUUGCGCGUUAAAGCCUUGCCGCGUAAUCUGGCUGUAAGCGCUUUGGAUGAGUUUUUGCAAUGGGCCAAGGAGUCGACUAGCAACGAGUGAGAUUUCCUAACUGAUGCGGACAACAAUUGUACUAGGUUCAUGCAACGCUGCCCCUGCUUGCUGUGACGAGCGAGCUCUGCGCAGUCCUAUAAUUAACAUCAGAAGACAUAUACAUUUGACAUGUGUGUUGUGGUCGAGUGCUGCAGCAUAUGUAAACUAAGACAGACAGACAUUGAUUGGGGGUCGCUCUGCUAGAAGGCGUGACAAGUGGCACUUAUGAGUAUUUUGCCGAACCAAAUUGUAGGGGGUUCAACCCGUAUGCCGUUCGACAUAUCAGUAAUUGCUUCCCGAAAAUAUUCUUCUCAAUUGUAUUUUGUGACCUAUGACAAAGAAAAUCAAAUUAAAUUUAAUCA